AUGGCGCUCGACAAUUACUACCAUAACAAGAUCGAGGCGAUGAAGCUUGAGAUCCUUAAGGGCCAAGCUGUUCUCCGACGUCUCGAAGCCCAGCGAAACGAUUAUAACUCGAGAGUGCGAUUACUAAGAGAAGAACUAGGUCUUCUACAACAGCCCGGAUCGUAUGUUGGCGAAGUGGUCAAGGUGAUGGGAACGAAGAAAGUAUUAGUGAAGGUGCACCCAGAAGGCAAAUAUGUCGUCGACGUUGCCGAUUCUGUAGAUAUUACGAAGCUCACAGUGGGCAAGCGAGUAACGCUGUUAUCCGAUUCUUACAAGCUCGAGAAGAUCCUCCCGUCCUCCGUUGACCCUCUCGUCUCUCUCAUGAUGGUGGAGAAGGUGCCCGACAGCACAUAUGAUAUGAUUGGUGGUCUAGACCAACAAAUCAAAGAAAUCAAGGAAGUCAUCGAGCUAGGUUUAAAGCAUCCCGAACUGUUCGAGUCCCUUGGCAUCGCACAACCGAAGGGUGUCCUUCUAUACGGACCUCCCGGCACGGGAAAGACGCUAUUAGCUCGAGCUGUUGCGCAUCAUACAGACUGCAAAUUCAUUCGAGUCUCCGGUUCGGAACUCGUGCAAAAGUAUAUUGGUGAAGGUUCUCGUAUGGUUCGUGAAUUGUUCGUAAUGGCCCGAGAGCACGCACCCUCAAUUAUAUUCAUGGACGAAAUCGACUCUAUCGGUUCGUCGCGAGUGGAGGGUUCAUCGGGCGGUGACUCGGAAGUGCAACGAACUAUGUUGGAACUUCUCAACCAGCUGGACGGUUUUGAGCCGACCAAAAAUAUCAAAGUCAUCAUGGCGACAAACCGACUGGAUAUUCUAGACCCUGCUCUACUUCGUCCCGGCCGUAUUGACCGCAAGAUCGAGUUCCCACCGCCAUCAGUCGAGGCCCGAGCCGAUAUUCUGCGCAUCCACAGCCGCAAGAUGAACCUCACGAGAGGCAUCAACCUUACCAAGAUCGCUGAAAAGAUGAACGGCUGCUCUGGCGCCGAAUUGAAGGGUGUCUGUACGGAAGCCGGCAUGUACGCUCUACGUGAACGAAGAGUUCAUGUCACACAGGAGGAUUUCGAACUGGCGACAGCCAAGAUUCUCAACAAGCACGACGACAAGGAAGUCUCGCUCCAGAAAUUCUGGAAAUAA